AUGACAGAGAUUCAUCGCAAUACACAGACAUUCCCACCUGGGUACGUCUGGGCACCGGGCACAGUCGCACUCAAAGAUCGCGAUGUCAGCAAAGUCAACCUCUUCCCUAUUCCAUCAUCUGACCCAGACGACCCUCUCAACUGGUCAUCAUUCCGCAAGUUUCUCAACUUUGGUAUUGUUUGCUCCUACAUUCUCUGGACGUUUGUGCAACUCGACAUCGGGUAUACGGCAUGGGGACCAAUGCUGGAGGAGAUCAAUACUUCGGUCUACGUAUUGAAUGCCUCGGCUGCAGGUAACUAUGCUGGCCUUGCUGUAGGCUGCAUCUUCUUCAUGCCAUUCGUGCACAAGUAUGGCAGACGGCCCCUGUACCUCUUCAGUUCUGCUGUACAGCUCGCGGGUUGUAUCUGGCAGGCAAAGGUCGUUGACAAUAGUGGUAUCAUUGGUGCCAAUAUCUUGACAGGUCUCGGAGGUGCUAUCUGUGAGACGGUGGUCCAGAUCACCAUCGCGGACAUCUUCUUCGUACAUCAACAUGCUACAAUGAACGGCUGGUACCUCUUACUUACCUCGAUUGGCGCGUUUCUUGGUCCUGUAGCGUCAGGCUAUGUUGCGGAAGGGCAGGGGUGGCGUUGGAUGUGGUGGUGGUGUGUCAUUUUCCUUUCGAUUCAGCUUUUUGUCUCAAUUUUCUUCUAUGAAGAGUCGAAGUACGUACCGCAGUCUAGAGAAAUACCGGGGAACCAGAGCAAUCACAUCUUUUCAGAUCAGAAGGUGGCAGUGUCAAAUUUCACGAGCCUCGAACCAGUGCAGCGAGGUAACGUCACAGAAGUGCAUAUCGAUCCAACAAUCAAGAGGAAGAGCUAUUUGCAGCGUAUGGCUAUGGUCACAAAAACAGACGCCCCAAUCUUCAGACACAUCUACCAACCUUUUAUCAUACUCUUUACAUUCCCAGCCGUAACUUAUACAGCAGUUACCUUUGGCUGUGUGCUCGCCUGUUUUGCCAUCUUGGUUACGGUGCAAGCAAUUUAUCUGAUCGAGCCGCCGUACAAUUUCGGACCUGAUGGUGUGGGACUAAUGCAACUGCCACCAUUCAUAGGGGCUUUCAUUGGAUUUUUUGUAGGAGGCUGGCUGAAUGACAAGAGCAUAAUGUGGCUUUCGAAGCGCAAUCAGGGAAUCUACGAACCUGAACAGAGAAUGUGGAUGGCAAUUCCAGCCAGUGUGACCAUUCCGGUUGGUCUCCUGAUGUUUGGAAUCGGGAUUGCGAAUGGUGCACACUGGAUCGUGCUUGCUGUUGGUGCUGCCAUCUUUGGAUUUGGAUUCCUAGUUUGUCUUGACAUUGCUCUAGCCUACUGUACUGAUUGUUACCAAGAUAUCAUUGGCGAUGCCUUGGUCGGAGUCGUGUUCACGCGCAAUGCUGUUUCGGUCGUGAUCCUCUUCGUGCUAGAGGACUGGCUCGAAGGCAUGGGUGUCAGGAACCUACACAUUUUGCUUGCAUGUCUAAUGUGGGCGAUCUUGAUGAUACCUUUAGCAUUGCUGAAAUUUGGCAAAAGGUGGCGCUUGUGGACUCAUGGUAGAUACAAGGCAAUGGCGUUGAGACAGCCCACAUUCAGGACCUUUUAA